AGAACCUGGGUUCAGCGGCAACUUCUAGCAACCGGACUCCACCGCCAACCCGGACCCGGACCCGGACCCGGUCCCGGACCUAGAGCCUCUCCAGCGGCGGCGCAGGGAGCCGGGCUUCCUGCAAUAACUUCCUCCGCGCGGCUCUGCUACCCCCGGGAGCCCCGAGUGAGCCUCUGCCAACUUCGUCGGCUGCACCUGCCACCCCCGAGCAGCCUCUUCGCCCUAGUGAACCAUGGCCAACGCGGGGCUGCAACUCCUGGGUUUUAUCCUGGCCUUCCUGGGCUGGAUCGGAGCCAUCGUCAGCACAGCGAUGCCCCAGUGGAAGACUCACUCCCAUGCGGGGGACAACAUCGUCACGGCCCAGUCCAUCUAUGAGGGGCUGUGGAUGUCCUGCGUGUCACAGAGUACCGGGCAGAUCCAGUGCAAAGUCUUCGACUCCUUGCUGAAUUUGCACAGCACUCUGCAAGCAACCCGUGCCUUGAUGGUGAUUGGCAUCCUGCUGGGACUAAUAGCUCUCUUUGUGGCUACCGUUGGCAUGAAGUGUAUGAAGUGCCUGGAAGACGAUGAGGUCCAGAAGAUGCGGAUGGCUGUCACUGGGGGCGUGAUAUUUCUUAUUGCAGGUUUGGCUGUUUUAGUCGCCACAGCAUGGUAUGGCCACAGAAUUGUUCAAGAAUUCUAUGACCCCAUGACCCCAGUCAAUGCCAGGUAUGAAUUUGGUCCAGCUCUCUUCACUGGCUGGGCUGCGGCUUGCUUCUGCCUUCUGGGAGGUGCCCUACUUUGUUGCUCCUGUCCCCGAAAAACAACAUCUUACCCAACACCACGGCCCUAUCCAAAACCUGCACCUUCUAGUGGGAAAGACUACGUGUGACACAGAAGCAAAAGGAGACAACCCUGGAACAAACAGAGAAUGGACAUUGAAAUACUAUUGUUGACUUUAAGACCUUUAACUUGGACUAUUAUAGUGUGAACUGUGGUAUUAUAAAAAAGUGUUUUUUAAAUACCCAUUGCUAAAAAUGACUUAGUCUUAUUUUAUCUCCUUUCCUUAAUACAGGAGGGAAGACUCUUUUAUUUGUGUUACUGCUUCCCACUGAGUAAUCAUCUCAAAUGUGGGGAGGGGUGUUCCUUAAUUAUAGAUAUGUAUAUAGACAUGUUUUUCUAUAAAAAAAUUAGAUGGUAAAAUCUCUUUUUAUGUUGGUAUGAACAUACUUAAAACAUAUCUAAAAUAUGUAUAUUUAAGUCUAUAUUGAUUAAAUAUGCAGCUUAUUUGCUAUGCCUCUUCUUUCUAUAUGUACACACAUAUAAUAGGUCAAAUAUCAUUUGCCUUGUUUCAUCAGCUUCUAGUGUCUUUGAUAUGAGACCUAGCCUACUAAAGCAAGUAUAAAUUCUUUCAGUUCUUCACAUGUGCCCUUUUAUUUUACUUUUUUACAGCGAUCUUAUAACACUUGCUUUGUCAUUAGUCAUUCUUCAUGUCUUUGUUUUUUAUUAGGUCAGGUCUAACUUGAAUUUAACAACAGGUUUCCUAAGCAUACUAUUUAAUUUCUAAAAUCAAUAAGAACCUCUUACAGCUCAGACCUUUGGGGGCAAAUCUUUCUGCAUGGCCAGAUGAUAUAUUCCCAUUGACCUUCCCACCUCAUCUCUGUA